GAGUUCCAAUCGGCUCCGUCCGAUGCGGGUGCUGGCCUCGGGGCACACCGCUGCGCGAACAACAUCACCCUUCUUGCUCUGCGCGCAAGAGCGCCCCAGCUCCUUCUGCCAGGCCCUAGAGCGUCGCUUACCGUCGGCGUACGUUUACUUGACAUCACCGCACAAAGUUUUCUUUCGUUUGAUCUCCCUUUUCCUCCACCUUUUGCAUGCUCUGCUCUCUGGUCGCGGCUUCCAGCGCCUUAAUCUGCCAACUCCCGGCUUCUUGACCCGCCUUUCUCUUUCUCUCUAUGCGCCUGUCGGUCUCUCGCUCAUGCCAGUUUUACCCAUCGCUGCGAGCGGUGAAAUUUUCCGAAGAAUUCUGGUCUUUCUGACCGCGGACUGCGAGAAAGUGGUCAAAUGCUGACGUCACCGGCAGAUAAUGGUCACCAAUUCGGCCCGCUUUGGAUCUGUUCCAUGCCCUGAAUAAUGGCGUGAUUCGAAGUGUCCUGGCUGGCCUGACUGAGCUACAAAAGAAACCGAAACCUUGGUUGCAGAAAGUAUAAAGGCGUCCCGAAUUACCCAGAUUAGCUCCUCCUUGCGAACGCUGCAGAAGGCGACAUUCUACCGGCGACACUGCUGGCCCUGAAAUGGCCGGCGACCACGGGCCUUGUCACCUCGUCAAUCCUGUGGAGAACCCUCGCGGCGAGGAGCGAAGCUUCUGCGAUCUGUCGAUUGGCUGAUCCAACGUGACUCACCUCACGUUCAUCCAAGCUCAUGCACAGUGGUGCGUGAAAAUGAAUGGGCGCAGGAUCGAUUCACUGGGAUCGCAUUCGAACUCAGUGGACACGAUCUUCGCACUGGGAUUUUGGGACGACUAAAUCCCAGAUCCUCGACCUCUGCAACGCACACCCCGAUGACUCAUUUGUGUCUAUAUCCCGAAAGCGAGUGUAUGCGACAAUCCGCACCGCGCCGGACUCCGAAUUACUUACAGAAAUAUCUCGGAAUUAUUUAUCUGAACCUCAUCAAAUGCAGCACAUCGCUAAUGCCUAUCGUUCUAACAACCUUUCUCGUGGUACUCACUUUUCAUGGGGCUAUCGGAUUCACCAGUCUCCAUCGGGUUUGUGCGGAAAAAUAACUUGCUUCUGAGUCAGGCCCCGACAUUGUGCUUCCACCUAUCACUGCGGUAAUACGCUCAUCAUUUCAGCGCCCAUCUAGCCCUCA